AGGGUCGAGGUCCUAAGAAGCACUUGAAGCGAUUGGCAGCUCCUUCCUCAUGGAUGUUGGACAAGUUGGGCGGCACCUACGCCCCCCGACCUUCCCCCGGUCCUCACAAGCUUAGGGAGUCCCUCCCCCUCACCGUCUUCCUCCGUAACCGUCUGAAGUACGCCCUCACCGGCCGAGAAGUCACUGCCAUCGUUAAGCAGCGACUCAUCAAGGUCGACGGCAAGGUCAGGACCGACGAGACCUACCCCGCUGGUUUCAUGGGUGAGUGGGAGAAUCAUUGGGUGCCGAGUGCAGUGUCUAAUGUUGCUUUUAGACGUCAUCUCCAUUGAGCGAUCCGGCGAGCACUUCCGUCUCCUCUACGAUGUCAAGGGUCGAUUCACCAUCCACCGAAUCUCCCCCGAGGAGUCCACCUUCAAGCUCCUCAAGGUGAAGAAGCACCAGCUCGGUGCCAAGGGUGUCCCUUACAUCGUCACCCACGACGGCCGAACCAUCCGAUACCCCGACCCCGCCAUCAAGGUUAACGACACUGUCAAGUUCGACUUUGUCCAGAACAAGAUUGUUGACCACAUCAAGUUCGAGCCCGGAAACGUUGUCAUGGCUACCGGUGGUCGUAACAUGGGUCGAUCUGGUGUGAUCGUCCACAGGGAGAGGCACUUGGGUGGUUUCGACAUUGUCCACGUCAAGGAUGUUUUGGACAGGACCUUCUCCACCAGGCUCUCCAACAUCUUCGUCAUUGGUGAGGGUGCCAAGGCUCAGGUCUCUUUGCCCAAGGGCAAGGGUGUCAAGCUCUCCAUCGCCGAGGAGCGUGACCAGAGGAGGCGUCAGCGAGCUCAGGAGGCUUAAGGGGAUGUUUGUAGAUCGGCAAUGCAGACUCUUUCACGGCUA